AUGACAGAAGCUAGAAACUACAACAUCCUCGUCCUCCCCGGCGACGGGAUCGGGCCCGAGGUAAUGACCGAAGCCACCAAGAUCCUCUCGACGUUCAACACUCCGACCACCCAAUUCACCCUACAGGAAGAACUCAUCGGCGGAAUAUCCAUCGACACCCACGGGAAAUCCGUCACACAACACGUCCUCGACGCCGCGGUAGCCGCUGACGCCGUCCUCUUCGCUGCCGUGGGGGGUCCCAAAUGGGACCAUAUCCGGCGCGGACUGGAUGGGCCUGAAGGUGGGUUGCUGCAGGUGCGCAAGGCGAUGGACAUUUAUGCGAAUUUGCGGCCGUGCUCGGUUGAUAUGCCGAGUCGCGAGAUUGCGAGGGAUUUCUCGCCGUUUCGGCAGGAGGUUAUUGAGGGCGUGGAUUUUGUGGUUGUGAGGGAGAAUUGUGGCGGGGCGUAUUUUGGGCGCAAGGUGGAGGAGGAGGAUUAUGCAAUGGACGAAUGGGGAUACUCAACUGCCGAAAUCCAACGCAUCGCGCGCCUCUCGGCCGAGCUCGCCCUCCGCCACAACCCGCCCUGGCCCGUCAUCUCCCUCGACAAGGCCAACGUGCUCGCCUCGUCGCGGCUAUGGCGGCGCGUCGUCGAAAAGACCCUCACGGAGGAGUACCCGCAGGUGAAGCUCGUCCACCAGCUCGCGGACUCGGCUUCGCUCAUCAUGGCGACGAACCCGCGGGCUCUCAACGGCGUUAUCCUAGCCGAUAAUACCUUUGGCGAUAUGGUCUCUGACCAGGCGGGGUCGCUCGUUGGGACACUGGGCGUGCUCCCUAGUGCGAGUCUGGAUGGUUUGCCGAGAGCCGGGGAGGAGAGGAAGGUGCAUGGGUUGUACGAGCCGACGCAUGGGUCUGCGCCGACCAUCGCCGGCAAGAACAUCGCCAACCCAACUGCGAUGAUCCUCUGUGUCGCUCUAAUGUUCCGGUACUCGUUCAACAUGGAGACGGAGGCGCGGCAGAUUGAGGAUGCCGUACGCGCCGUUCUGGACAAGGGGAUUCGCACUUCGGACCUUGGAGGGACCACGGGCACCAAGGAGUUUGGAGAUGCAGUGGUUGCGGCGUUGCAAGGGAAGUUGUAG